AGCUCGGCUCGGUGAAAGCAAAAAAAAUGGGGAGUUUUUCUUUGCUUUCUUGCGAGUAAUUUGGUAGGGUGGUGUUCGACUGUUCGGGGUUAGCAGCGAGUAGUUGUCUUCACCCACCAACCAUCUCCUCCGCCAAACCUACAAAAGGGCGAGACGAGACCACCUUCUCCCUCCCGGUCCCCUUUAGUUGCUAUUCCAUGCCUUGUCGGUCUCGCUUGCUGCCCACCAAAACAAAUCUACACCGCACCAACCGAUCCUCGGUCUAUCCUCAGGGUGAGUAAACAGAAGGCAGAAUCUGAUCAGACAUGCCGAAGCAUGGCCAAAGGCAGAGCUCAUCCUGCCAGUGGCAGUGAGCAGCGACACACUGCUGCAUGUUCUUGGCGUCCAAAAGAUAAGAGCAGUUGUUAGGAGCAGGACGAGGAGUGCAGUGCUGCCUCUGUGUGGGUGGCUUUUGGGUGGGGCUGCCCUGCCUGGCCUCCUCAAAUCAAAAGCAGAGAGGCGAAGGGAAGGGAAGGGAAAGGCAGCAGCACAGCACUGCAGCAGCAAGGCGAAGGCGAGAAGCGCGGAGGAGAGGGAGGGGGAGGCAGGAAUCAUUCGGCUGCAAAGCUGCCGUUGCCACCUCCGCGUCACUGUCCCCGCUUUCCGAGGCCGGGCGGGCCCGCGCGCGCCUAUCCACCCCCGCGCGUACGUCCUCUCCCUCUCGCCGUGUCCGCGUCGUGCGCGUACGCGGGCGCAUUGGGAUUUGGGUGGCGCUGUCGUCGCACCUCCACCACCAUCGCUGCCUUUGUUUUGUUGAUUGGUACGAGCACUCGCUAGCUUUCCUUGAGAUGCUUCCUCUGCUGCUUAUAUCCACCCUCCCGGCCUUCACGCUGCUCCUCGUCGCGCACGCCACCAAGCCCUGCAAGCUCGUGCGGGAGCUGGGCCUCCUCGCGCUGCUGCUCGCGCGGGAGCUGCUGCGCCACUCCACCGCCGCGGGGAGGAAGGAGCGGGAGUGCGGGGUCAGGAUGAUGUCUCCGUCCAAGCCGAAGCCCGCGGCGGCGACCGCAUUGGUGGCGCCGGAGGAGAGGGCCGCGGGGCUCCCGCUGCUCGACCUGCCGGAGCUGGCACUGGACCGCGUGCUGGAGGAGCUCUCGCCAGCGUCGCUGGCAGCAAUGGCGUGCGUGUGCGCCGCGCUCAGGGACCGCUGCUCCGCGGACGCCCUGUGGGAGCACCACCUGCGCCAGAAGUGGGGGCGCGUGCUUGGCGCCGCCGCGCGGAAGGAGUGGGAGGCGGAGCUGGGCGCCAGGGCGAGCCGCGCCGGCCCGCCGCGGCCGAGCCGCCACAGGAGCUGGGUGGACUCGCUGGCCUGCGCGUGGCCCUUCUCCUGGAUCGGCUGCCGCUGGCUCAAGGCGGACGCCAACCCCCCCGCAGCCGUUGCAGCCGAGCCCGCCCCCGCCGCGUCGCAGACGGGCACGGUGGCCGCGUGGUACCGCGCGCUCGAGUGCGGCGAGUUCUGGUUCCCCGCGCAGGUGUACAACCGCGAGCAGGACGGGCAUGUCGGCUUCGUGCUCUCGUGCUACGACGCGCACCUCCGCUAUGACAAGCGAACUGACACCUUCACCGCGAGGUACCCUCCGCACGGUCGGAAGCCGGCGAAGGAGGAGGAUGGCGUGCAGUGGAGCAGGAUCCGCACCCCGCCGGUGGGCACGCCGGCGCACGAUCUCCAUGCGUCGGACUGCCUGGAGGAGCUGCGUCCGGGCGAGCACUUCGAGAUCCAGUGGCGCAAGAACAAGGAUUUCCCCUACGGCUGGUGGUACGGCGUCGUGGGUCACCAUGAGGCAUGCAACGGGAACGAGCAUCUGUGUCGCUGCCAUGAAGACGAUAUGAUAGCCCUGGAGUUCCAGCACUACGCCCCCGGCUCGCGAUGGCGGCAGACGACUGUGAGCAGGAAGGAUCACAGGGAGAAAGGGGAUGAGACGGACGGUUUCUACGGAGGCAUCAGGAAGCUGCAGAGCAAAGAGGAGAUAUCGACGUGGCGAAGAUUUUGGCCAGUUGAUGUCCUCAGCUGAAGAUAAUAUCACUCUGCAUAUCUCCACCCCAAAUUCGCAAUGUACAGUUAUGGAGAGCUGCAGCAUUCGCCUGAAUAACUCUGAAACCCUUCUCAGGACUGAAGGAUCUUUUUUUUUCUUUUUUGCUAGAGAUCUAUGAUGCAGAAGAUUCACUCUGUCCAGGACUAUUAGAACAAGAAUAGGCUACGAACCAUGUACAGAUUUGUCCAGUUCUCGGUCUGCCAUGUGCUGUCGCUGUAUCCUGGGUUAUGUGUCACAUAAUUCUUCGGAAUGUUGUGCGAUAAAUCACAAUCCAGCUAAUUUUAGUCUUC